AUGAUUCCAUGGCCAAAACGCGUAGAAUUCAAUCCUAUCGGACCUUCUCCAGAUGGGUAUGGCAAUACUUACAAAGGAGGAUACACAACUUCCAGCACACCACGAGCCAACGAAUGGAAGGAACCAAGUAGCUACUCUUCGGAUCAUGUUCACAGGCCGGUGAUCAUUGAUGCUGAAGGGAGGAAAAGGCCUAUUGAAGGAGGCUACACAACUUAUAGCAGCCCAAAGGCCGACGAAUGGAGGGAACCAAGUAGCUACUCUUCUGAUCACGUUCACAGGCCGGUCGUCAUUGAUGCUGAAGGGAGGAAAAGGCCAACGGGAGGAGGCUACACAACUUACAGCAGCCCACGAGCUGAUGAAUGGAGGGAACCAAGUAGCUACCCUGCUGAUCAUGUUCACAAGCCAGUGACCAUUGAUGCUGAAGGGAGGAAAAGGCCGAUCGUAUCUCUUCCCAACCAGACUGCAGAAGCCUACAGAGCUGAGACCAUGUAUCAGCAGCAGCAGCAUGCUCACCCCUCGGAGAACAGGCAUGGUCAAUCCAUGGAGCCUGCUAAUGCGGAGCACUACAGAGUUGAGCAGAAAUUGCAUGAAACUUCAGACUCCGUUUACGAUCGCCUGCAGAAAGUUGAGGAGAUCAUCACCAAAGUGCAUCAUGAGGUCAGUAGCACACAAAAGUUUGGACCUUUUAAUGGUGGAAAAUCCUCACAGCCUGAUUCCUCGCUCUCUGGUGCAACAAAUAAUAUCGGCACAGCGAUAGGUUACCUCAAAGAAGCUAUCAAACCAGCCUAUACAGAAUACAACUAUAGCAAGAUGGAGGCAACCCAUGAGAACGGGUGGCCUAAAAGAGGUGCUACUUCAGCAUGGUCUGCUGAUCCAACUGAAGCCUACAAUCCUUACACCACAAGGACUAACGAGCCAGGAUAUGUGAAAACCAUGGACACCCAUGAAGCUGCGAGAAGGUAUGGAAAUUUCAAGUUUUCACCCAGACCAUAUGCAACAGGAAGAUAA